AAAGGCCGGGACACCUGACACUGCAGGCGUCCGAUUUCCAACCAAACGUGUAUUCAUAACGUUAUUUUUUUUCUACAAUAGUUUGGAGUGAAAAGUAAGAGUAAAUCGACCAAUCAGUGGCCGUCGUCAAAAGUUCAUGAAAUACUGGUAUGACACACCCUCUGAGUUUUGGGUGGGACAAAAGAUAUGAUGAAAGAGCUGUGGAAAGAUUCACUUCUGCCCCUGGCAACUCAAACUGACACGCACCGCACGUAUGUCUCGUGUUUUCUGUAACUGAUCGGAAACGUGAGUGCUGACCUUAUUUUAUGUUUAAAUCAAUGCAUUGGAGUCACUUUAUGAGGCUCUCAAAGACCGUUUAUAUCCCGACGCAUAUACUCAAUACAGUUCCUCCAAGUUGCAGACCAGUGAAGUUCGGGCCACAAUGUAAUAUUUGUUUAUCUAAGGUGUGAUAGAGAUGGGACUGAGGCCUACUGUAUGGAACUUAAUGAGGUGCUGCAGGCCAAAUGCAGCAGAAGGAGCAUCAUAUAGGCUAAUCAGCUGGUAGUUUCAAUCCAGCCUCAGCAUCCUCUCCCUCCCAGAAGAGGAAAGCCGACAGCCGGUGUGCACGAGGUGUUUUUUUUGUCCGCUACCAUGGUGGAAAUUACGGAUAUCGCGUGCCUUCUCGUCCCGCUGGUGAUGCUCGUGGGGUCUACCUUCCAGACCGACGUGAAGAACGUCAAAGAAGGGGAAAAAACUGGGAAUUUCAUGGAAGACGAGCAGUGGCUAUCCACCAUUUCACAGUACAGCCGCAAGAUCAAGCACUGGAAUCGGUUCAGAGAUGAUGAUUAUGUCCGUACUUGGGAUGAAAAUCAAGGUUCUAAUGACAAUGUAGACACAACCAAGGACCCCUGUCAGAAGGUUAAGUGCAGCCGACACAAGGUGUGUAUCGCCCAGGGCUACCAGAAAGCUGUAUGCGUCAACCGCAAGAAACUUGAACAUAGACUGAAGCAGCCUGCACUCAGCUCUCCUGAUGGAAACUGUCAGCCCUGUCCCAUCUCCUCCACUGGGGCUGUGUGUGGAUCAGACGGACGCAACUAUGCCUCAAAGUGCAAGCUGGAGCAGCAGGCUUGUCUUACAGGGAAGGAUCUUACCCUGAAGUGUUCAGGUCUGUGUCCUUGUGCAACUGCUGCCCCUACAUCCAUGGAGAGUAAACGUGAGAGCUGCACCGGACAGGAUCUGGCUGAUCUCGGGGAGCGUCUGAGGGACUGGUUCCAGCUACUGCAGAGUAAUGCCAAGCAGAACAACAAUAGCAAGACUGGGGCCAGGACCACUGCAGCCAGCGCCACAUCAGUGCUGGAGAGGAGCCUGGUUGCCAGCUGUAAGGACUCCAUAGGCUGGAUGUUUUCCAAGCUGGACACAAAUGGCGACCUGUACCUGGACCAGGCUGAGCUGGCUGCCAUCAACCUGGACAAGUACGAGGUCUGCAUCCGGCCCUUCUUCAACUCAUGUGACUCCUACAGGGACGGCAAGGUCUCCACUGCCGAGUGGUGUCUCUGCUUCUGGAGAGAGAAGCCACCCUGCCUGGCUGACCUCGAGAGGAUCCAAGUAUUAGACGGCGGGAAGAGAAGGUUUGGUCGAUUCAUCCCAAGCUGUGAUGAGGACGGCUACUACAGGAAGCAGCAGUGUGACAGGGGAGAGUGCUGGUGUGUUGACCAGAACGGAGGAGAAGUAGCCGGAUCUAGGAUGCGCGGCAAGCCAGAUUGCGAUGAUGAAAUGGCAUAUUCAGGUGAUAUUGGAAGUGGGGUUGGAUGGGAAGACGAGGAGGAGGAGAAGGAGGCUGAGGAGACUGCAGAAGAGGCUGAAGAGGAAGAGGGAGAAGUAGGGGAGGUGGAUGAUGGGGGCUAUAUCUGGUAAACACUGUAGUCCAACCUCUCUACAAGAGCAUCUUGAUUGUCCUGAACACACACACACACACACACACAGAUACUGCAAAGAGAUAGACGCGGUGACGCUCUCACACUCAGAACAACACUUGCUGAUGAAAAAGCGAAGGGAUAAGAUUGCACGGGUUGGGAGAGGGAAUAUGCAUAUGUUAUGGGCGUAUUUAUUGUUACAGGAUGUACUUUAAACGGGCAGGGGUAGGGGACAUAUCACUAUUAAUUAUAGUUCUAGAGAAGUUUGACCCCCAUACUUGUGAAUCUUUGUUUUCUUCUGUUGUAAGUCCUUUGAACUCUCUUUGACCAGUUUUAGCUGAUGCAUAAUGGAGACUUUAAGCACUUGCAGGUGCUUGUCAUGUGCUUGCAUUGAAAAAUGUAAAGUGCAUUUCAAUAGUCCAAAUUGGCCUCUUUCAUCUUUCCUUUCUGCAGAUGAACGACAUUUAGAUAACCACUUUGGAUUUCAGGCAGGAAACAGGCGAUAAAGAGAGGAAGCCACAUUUGAAUAUUGAAAAGCACCCUUUGACUUUACCGUUUUCAUGUAAUUUGCUUCUGCUCAUAUGUAGUCAUUCAUGACUUAAUGAAAAUAUGUUUCUUAAGCAUCACUCUUUCGCUUGUAUAUAAUGUGUGUAUCAGAAUACAGAUUGUCACCUAUUAGUCCUGUUAUCAAUGCCUUGAAAGACUAGCAGAAUAUACUGCUUAGUUGACAAGUGUACAUCGUAUCAUAAUGUGGAUCAAUUAUUGUGUUUAAUAAAAAAAAUUCUAAUAAAAUAAACUUGUUUAUGUGGCCAAGCUGGCCACCGUACAUGCAAGUCUGUGCAUUUGUUCUUUCUUCAUUGCUUGUCAAAUUAAAAAAUUUCUGCACCAGC